GCCAGCUUCUGACUGAAGAACAAAGGUCAUACAGAUUUGCUGACGAUGAAGACUCAGACCACGUUUUUGUUGGUGGCGGUAGCUGUUGUUUGCCUAGCUGCUCAUGGUUUGUGUGCAGCAGGUCAAAAAAUCUCAAGAUGCAGAUGUGUGAGAACUACAUCUCAUCCCAUUGAUCCCAGAAAGUUUCAACAUAUCGAGAUCUUUCCUCAGGGUCCCUACUGCAGAAAGGUGGAGAUUGUAAUUACCCUGAAGACAGGGACAAAGGUCUGUGUGAAUCCUGAAACCGUAUGGGUCAAAAGAGUUAUUAGGAUCUUGAUUGAAAGAAAUAAAAGCAAUGAAGCCUCUCUGCCGACCACUGCAGCAAGUCCAUUGGCCGGAUGAAACAAAAUGUCCCUUUGAUAAAGCAGAUUAAUGAGCCAAACAGUUAUUGAUAAAGCACAUCGUAAUAGUCCUGUCAAUAGCUGAAAUGUUCUGUUUGUUUACAUAUGAAAUCCUCAAAUCUUUGUCAUUUGUUCAUUGUCUUUAACUCUUCUAUAUAGCUCCUGAGCCAUAAAUUUUAAUAUACCAAUAUAUGUUUGUCAAUAAUUCCACAUAUGAGUGUAGAAAUGCAAUGGAAUUUUAUUUUUUUAUUGUUGAUAAAUAUCAAUUAUUUCUUCAAUAGAGUUAAGUGGAUGGAAAGCUUGAAGAUGCAUGUUUUAAGCUAUUAAAUUCAAACAUUAACCAGUGUUUGACUACUAGAUGUUAAGGUUUAUAAUGAUAAUGUAAUCGGAUACAAUGGUAACAAGAACUCAAUGCAUUUUGUAAUGUCAUUUGCAUAGGCAUUGAGCUAGAACAUGAAGGGCUUCUUAAAAAAACAGUGAGUUAAAGUGCCUCUGUUUAUGGGAGGGGCUGAUGUGUUUACUUUGUGUGGGGGCACCUCGCACAUCUCCAUCCCUCCCCCUUAGCCCCAACUACCACAAGCCAAACAACAGAAAGAGCAUUGUGUUACUUAUGGAGGAAGCCAGGUGGGUUGUAGUUUGUGGCUGUGUGGGGUAGUCUGAGUUAAAAAGGUGAUUGGGAUCAGGUGGACAUCAGGUAAGUGGGUAUAGCUUCAGGAACAUGUAAAGAGCAACUAAAGUCCCUGAAAACAAAAGCAGAAGCAUUUUGGAGGGAAACGGAGACCAGGAAAAACACUUAACUUGGGGCAUACCCAGAGGAGAAAAGACACAGUCCCUCUUUUAGGCUCAACCUGUAUCAGAAUGCAAAACCCACAUCAUCUUUCACAAGCAUGAAUUGUGACAAAGAAUCUUUUUCUCCAAGUCAUGUCUAAACAUGCCUUGCAUCACAUUGGAUAGCAUAGUGAUAUCUCCAUCAUUAAAAUAGGGUAAAUUUCGAGAAAUCAUCAAUGAUCAGGUUUAUCAUUAAGAUCACCUGAAUCGUAAACGUUGCACCUCACGAAGAAUUUCUAGCCCAUUGUUUCAUGUCCUGAAUGGAAGGUAGCACUGCUAAAUUGUUAUACUAUUGGAAACCAAAUGACAAAUUAUUUUGUACCAAGAUUUUUAUAGUUUAAAUAGUUGAAGGUGUUAAUUAGACGGUGUUAAUGCACAAUUGCAGUAACUGCUUAUUUUUUAAAUAUUUCAUUCCACUUUUGUAUGCAUCUUUACAAGUCCUUACACAUAUACCUGGAUUAUGUGUACCACUGUAAAUGUAGAAUGUGAGUGUAUGUGUAUCUUCAAAACCAGUGUAACAAUUGAUAUAGAUGUUGAUGCUUUGA